UGGCAGGCCAUUGCUCCCCACUCUCUAUCUACCUUCCUAUUUCCUUCUCAAAGUUUUCUUCGUCAGCUACAACAACAAUACAUCCCCCCUUUCACCAAAAUAAAUAAUCUUGAAAACCAAAAAAAAAAAAAAAAAAAAAAGAAUCUUGAAAACCCAAUAUACAGAUUUCACUCUUUCUUGACUCAGUUUGGUUGAUCACUGAAAAAAAAAAAAAAGAAUCUUGAAAACCCAAUAUACAGAUUUCAUUCUUUCUUGACUUAGUUGGUUGAUCACUGGAAAAAAAUGCCUGCUUGGUGGGGAAAAAAAUCCUCCAAGAACAAAGAUAAUCCAAAAUCUAAAGACCUUAGAGAAAGGGAUAAACCAAGGAGUUUUGAUGAGUUACUUAAUAGAAAUUCACCAAGAAGUAGUAAAGAGUUUAGUGGUUCCGGUGAUGUUUUUUCAGGGUUUGAUUCAGGUUCUGUUUUGGAUAAAGCACAUCCUUUACCUAUGCCUUCAGUUGGAAAUGAUCAUGGUUCAGUUUCAGUUUCAAGUACUAGCUCAUCUGGAUCAUCUGAUGGUGUUCCUGUUAAUAAUGAUCAAGCCCAGUUGGAUACUUUUAGAGGACUUGGAGAUAAUAGGUUGAGCCCACUGGCACGAAGCCCAGUUCGUUCCAGACCCACAACUACCACAUCGUCACCUUUACAUCCUCGGUUUUCGAGUAUUAAUCUGGACUCUCCAACGGGCAAAUUGGAUGAUGCGAGGAGUGAAUGUCAUCAGCUGCCCCUUCCACCUGGUUCUCCACCCAGUCCUUCUGCUUUACCAAACCCAAGACCUUGUGGUGUGGCUGAAGGCUCAACCAUUAGCAUGUCAAAAUGGAAGAAAGGCAAGCUUCUAGGAAGAGGCACGUUUGGUCAUGUCUAUCUUGGAUUCAACAGGGAGAAUGGACAGAUGUGCGCAAUAAAAGAAGUCAAGGUGGUUUCAGAUGAUCAUACUUCCAAAGAGUGCCUUAAGCAAUUGAACCAGGAAAUCAUUUUACUCAGUAACUUGACACAUCCAAAUAUUGUUCGAUACUAUGGAAGUGAACUGGAUGAAGAAACUCUAUCAGUUUAUUUGGAGUACGUUUCGGGCGGUUCUAUACAUAAAUUGUUGCAGGAAUAUGGGCCAUUCAGAGAGCCAGUUAUACAAAACUACACAAGACAGAUACUUUCUGGCCUUUCCUUUUUACAUGCUAGGAAUACGGUUCACAGGGACAUAAAAGGAGCCAAUAUACUAGUAGAUCCUAAUGGUGUAAUCAAGCUAGCUGAUUUUGGCAUGGCAAAACAUAUAACUUCAUGUUCCUCAGUGCUCUCUUUCAAAGGGAGUCCUUAUUGGAUGGCUCCUGAGGUGGUGAUGAAUACAAGUGGCUAUGGCCUUGCAGUGGAUAUUUGGAGUUUGGGAUGUACAAUUCUUGAAAUGGCAACUUCAAAGCCACCUUGGAGCCAGUAUGAAGGGGUUGCUGCCAUAUUUAAAAUUGGAAACAGCAAAGACUUUCCUGAAAUUCCAGAUCACCUUUCUAAUGAUGCAAAAAGUUUUAUAAGGUUGUGCUUGCAGCGGGAGCCGUCCAUGCGACCUGCGGCUUCUCAACUACUAGAGCACCCUUUCGUUAAAAACCAAAGUACAACAAAAGUUGCGGAUGUCGGUGUAACCAAGGAAUCAUAUCCUCGCUCCUUUGAUGGAAGCCGGACACCGCCAGUGUUGGAGCUGCAUCCCAAUAAUGGAAGGAAUAUUUCUCCUGGAAGGAAUAUAUCUCCCCAUGAAGGGAACUAUGCAUCCCAUCCAGUGGUCACAGUCUCUAGACCGUCGAUCUGCCCAAGGGAAAAUGUAAAAACCAUAACAUCUUUACCAGUAUCUCCGACAUCUAGCCCGUUAAGACAGUAUGAACCUGCUCGUAAGAGCUGUUAUCUUUCUCCUCCACAUCCAUCGUAUGCCAUCGGGGGCCAGAGUGGAUACGAUGUGAAUGAUUACUCAAUGUUUCAACAAAGGCCCAGCACAAGAACAACGCUUGAUCCGUGGCUCGAAAUCCCUCAAUUUAGAGCUCAGACACCAUCUAGAUCCCUGAAAACGAGACCCAUUCUUUAGUUCCAUGUGAUGUACGAGGAGAAAGUUUCUCGGAUCGCACCACGCAUGGGUCCCCCCAGUAUUGCAGAAACUAUGUGCCAAGUCAGGACAAUGAUAGUUCUAAGUGAUGCGUUUCUGUUCGAUGGAUGCAUUAGCAAGAGCAAUUUCGGGUGACCUGGGCAUGGUUGCAUGAUGGAGGGAUUGUAUUUUCUUGAAUAUAAGAUCUGUAAAAUGUACUUCAUUCUCAAUGUAAAUGCAAGAUGGCCACUUGAUUGAAUCUACAUUGUCUCUUCUAAAAGAUCACUACGAGACCGGUCCCUCUUAUAGUAGAUUUAGCUAUGAAUAUUCAUGUAGAAAUGAAUGCCGGGCUUUUCUUG